AUGCCUUCAAUUCUGAACGAUAACGACAAGGAGACGGUCAGGAGAGCUGUCCCAAAGCCUGACAAUAAGAUCUUUGCGGUGGCCGUUGCGCGACUCUAUGUGGCUCACCCAGACACCCAAAGAUGGACGUACACUGGUCUACAGGGAGCUGCAGUGCUGGCAAAUGACCUGGUCGGGCGCACCUUUUGGCUGAAGUUGGUGGACGUAUCGCCUGCCAAUAGGGGCGUUAUCUGGGACCAAGAGAUCUACGAGAACUUCGCAUACAACCAAGAUCGCACGUUCUUCCAUUCUUUUGAAUUAGAAGAUUGCCCCGCCGGACUAUCCUUUGCCGAUGAGAAAGAGGCUAAGACAUUCAUCAAGAAGGUCGUUGAGCGAGAAAAGCAUGCGAGUAAAGAGACACGGCAGACUCCCUUUGCAUCUACCCGAGGCCAGGGUCCUGCCCCGGUGGUGAACGGCAAAUCUGGGGUUGGACGAUCGCUAUUUGGCAGCUUACUCGGCCAUCGCUCAUCAUCAGCAUCCCAUGGACCACCGCCGGUAACACCUGCAGAAUUGCCCCCUGCCCCGUCAAUCCAGGUUGCUCCACCGCCCCCACCUGCAUCCAGCCCACCACGCAAGGAACUGCCUUUCGACACCAAUGACCCGGCAUUCAAGGGUAUACUGGACGAGCUUCUACAAAUGGGCAUCACCGAAGACUUGAUUGCGGAGAACUUCGACUUCAUCAAGUCAUAUAUCGAACAGAAACAAAGCACGGCGCCUACUCCCCCUCCUGCCGAUGAUCAGAGGAGAGGGAAAGCUCCCCCUCCGCCUCCUCCAUCUGCGCCGCCUGGCCCGAAGGUGGCCAACAUUAGCCCACAAAACACCGGCAAUAGCACUGGCAGCCGACGAGGCGCCCCACCGCCUCCGCCCCCGACACGGAGAACUCGGAUUGACGCGGCGGAAGAGGAACCUGCCUCGAAGCGUGAGCCAUCCCCCCCAAGGAACCGGUUCCGUGCACCGCCUCCAAUUGCAGACGCCGGUAAGUUCGCGCAUGCUCCGGGUCCUUUGCCGCCCACUCGCCAGCGAGCUUUGUCAAGUGCUACUCCUGGUCCUCCACCUCCCCCACGGCCUCCGAAGACCCCAAUGGAUGAACCUCAGUCCCGGUUUGGUGUCCCCCCACCGUUCCAGGGCGAGCGCAAGGUGUCUGCUCCGCCUGCACCACCCAAUCGGCCGGUGCCUUCAGGGCCCCCGCUGCCUCCUCCACGCACCAUGAGCCCUGCGCCACCACCGCAGCUACCUCCUAAAGUUCCCAAUAAGUCCUUUGCAACCUCCGCCCCCACCCGUACCUGCCGCCUCCCGGCCUAUCCCUCCUCCGCCUACGUCGAGCGUGCCGCCUCCCCCACCCCGCCUCCCACGGCGAACGUUCCCCCGCCACCUCGACCACCUCCAUCUUCAAGUGUUCCUCCUCCGCCACCACCGCCACCCUCAUAUCCUUCACCUAGUGCAGGGCCUCCUGCGCCUCCUCCGCCUCCGCCACCAGCACCAACAAGCUCGGUCCCACCUCCCCCACCGCCUCCGCCUCCGACAAGCACCGGCCCUCCUGCACCUCCACCGCCUCCACCACCAAUAGCCUCAGUCCCACCCCCUCCCCCACCUCCUGGAGUUGGUGCGCCGCCUCCGCCUCCUCCGGGUGGAGCUGCUCCGCCUCUACCCCAAGCCGAAGGUGGAAGAGGUGAUCUCCUGGCUGCCAUCAGGGCAUCGGGAGGAAAGGGAGGCGGUGGUCUGCGGAAGGUCAGGGAUUCCGAUAAGCGCGAUCGGAGUGCAGCACUCGUACCCGGAUCAGCCAGCGAAUCCUCUGCGCCGACUCCAAGUGGAGGCGCUCCUCAAGGAGGCUUGGCAGGGGCUUUGCAAGACGCGUUGGCGAAGAGAAAGCAGAAGGUUAGCGGUAGCGAUGACGAAAAGGAGGAUGACGACGAUUGGUGA